UUUAUUACUUUUUUCAGAUAGAAAAGGAAAAAAGAAAAGAGAAAAACAGUUCGAUCAACAAGAAAACACAAAACAAAAGCAAAGAACCGUUUCUCUUUCUCCCUCUCGAAGGUCAAAACUACCAAACCAAACACCAUCAAAAUCCAAUUUCUCGCCGGAGCUUGCCAAUUUCUCGCUGCUAUUUCUCUUCAUCGGUACUCAGCUCUUUAUGCUAUUGACGAUCGUGGUGGCCAGACUUCCUGUUCCCCGGUAACUUCCCGGUGGCCGGUGAAUUUUGGUUGAGUAAUUUUGGAUAGUGUUUUGAUUUAUUAUGAAGAAUAACAGCAAGGGAAACAAUAGUAAGACUAACAGCAAUGGCUUUCUCCCGAAUUCUUUGAAGUUCAUUUCUUCUUGCAUUAAAACCGCCUCAUCUGGUGUCCGGUCCGCUAGUGCCUCUGUCGCCGCUUCUAUCUCCGGUGAUAAUCAAGACCGUAAAGACCAGGUACUUUGGGCUUCCUUUGACAGACUAGAGCUUGGUCCAUCUUCCUUCAAACAUGUUCUCUUACUUGGGUAUUCCAAUGGCUUUCAAGUCAUUGAUGUUGAUGAUGCUUCUAAUGUCAUUGAACUCGUUUCCAAGCGUGAUGUCCCAGUUACAUUUUUACAGAUGCAGCCUCUGCCUGCAAAAUCUGAGGGCCAUGAAGGAUUCAAAGCAUCACAUCCUUUGCUCUUGGUUGUCACAUGUGGUGAAUCAAAAAGCUCAGGCCCAAUGCUUAACGGGAGAGAUGGGUUCAUCAGAGAUGGCUAUAACGAGCCUCAAAUGGGAAGCUUUUCCAUUUCUCCUACUACAGUGGGUUUUUACUCGCUAAGAUCUCAUAAUUAUGUUCAUGUUUUGAGAUUUCGUUCGCCAGUUUAUAUGGUUAGAUGCAGUCCACAUAUCGUGGCCGUGGGCCUUUCAACACAAAUAUAUUGCUUUGAUGCUCUAACUCUCGAGAAUAAAUUCAGUGUUCUCACUUACCCUGUCCCUCAGUUUGGAGGCCAAGGAAUUGGUGGGGUUAAUAUUGGAUAUGGUCCAAUGGCUGUGGGCCCUCGGUGGUUAGCAUAUGCUUCUGACAAUCCACUACUGUCAAACACAGGCCGUUUAAGUCCACAAAGUCUUACUCCUCCACUAGGUGUCAGUCCAUCAACUUCACCAGGCAGUGGGAGUUUGAUGGCUCGUUAUGCCAUGGAAUCUAGUAAGCAGAUAGCUUCUGGCUUAAUAAAUUUGGGAGACAUGGGUUACAAGACUCUGUCUAGAUAUUAUCAAGAAUUUGUCCCCGAUGGUUCUAAUUCUCCUGUAUAUUCAAAUUCAACUUGGAAAGUGAAUCGGGGUGCAACACAUUCUUCAGAAACAGAUAAUGCAGGAAUGGUUGUUGUGAAAGAUUUCGUUUCCAGAGCUGUGAUAUCACAAUUUAGAGCUCAUACUAGUCCAAUUUCCGCUCUUUGUUUUGAUCCUAGUGGUACACUUCUGGUUACUGCCUCAAUUCAUGGGAACAACAUAAAUAUUUUUCGGAUUAUGCCUUCCUCAUCUCAAAGUGGAUCUGGCACUAAGAGUUACGAUUGGAGCUCUUCUCAUGUGCAUCUUUAUAAGCUCCAUCGUGGCAUUACGUCAGCUGUAAUACAAGAUAUUUGCUUUAGUCAUUAUAGUCAGUGGAUAGCCAUUGUUUCAUCCCGUGGAACUUGCCAUAUUUUUGUGCUUUCCCCUUUUGGUGGUGAGAAUGUUCUUCAAAUUCACAAUUCACAUGUGGAUGGGCCUAGUCUUUUACCAGUUUUAUCUCUACCAUGGUGGUCUACUCCUUCGUUCACAGUAAACCAGCUGUCUUUUUCUGCACCACCACCACUGCCUGUUACCCUGUCCGUGGUGAGCAGAAUAAAGAAUAAUAAUUCUGGCUGGCUCAACACAGUUAGCAAUGCUGCAUCUUCUGCAGCAGGAAAGACAUCAGUCCCAUCUGGUGCUAUUGCUGCGGUUUUCCAUAGCAGUGUACCUCGAGAUAUGCAACCUGCUCACUUGAAAAAUGUUCAUGCUUUGGACCACCUAUUAGUCUAUACUCCUUGUGGUCAUCUAGUUCAAUAUAAAUUGCUGUCGUCAGUGGGGGGAGAGUCCCUUGAAGUUGCUUCAAGAAUUGGACAAGGUUCUUCAGUGCAGAUGCAAGAUGAGGAAUUGCGGGUGAAUGUUGAAUCUGUUCAGUGGUGGGAUGUUUGCCGAAGAGCAGAUUGGCCAGAUAGAGAGGAAUGUAUUUCUGGAAUUACCCUAGGCAGACUAGAAACUACAGACUUUCCCAUGGAAACUUCUGAUUGUGAAGAUAAUGAUACUGAACACAUGGGAUCAUUUAAGUCCCACGAACCAUCUCACUUGUAUCUUUCCAAUGCAGAGGUGCAGAUGAGCUCGUGGAGGAUCCCACUUUGGCAGAAAUCUAAGGUUUAUUUCUACAUUAUUAGUCAUCUUGACACAACAGAACGUAAUGUCAUUGAAGAUCUUGCGUGUGGAGAGAUUGAAGUAGAGAAGGUUCCGGUUCAAGAGGUUGAAAUCAAGCGGAAGGAUUUAUUACCUGUUUUUGAUCAUUUUCACAGGAGUCUCCCUAAUUGGAGUAACAGGAGUCUUAGUGGUGAAAGAUACUCAACUUCAUCGACCGGUUCUCACGAAGGUAAAGAGUCAGAAGAUGCUGUUAUUUCCCCCUCCAAGUUGGUCUCAACUGGCUCAGUUGCAAACCCCAAUGGUGGAUCAUCGACAAAAUUUUAUCCACUUGUUCUCCAAUCUGGUAAUGCUACCGGUGAUGGAGGGAUAUCUAUUUCUGUGUCGCCUAUCUCUUACAAAAGUACUGUUAACAAAGAUAGUGGUUCAGGUUCUUUUGAACAAUCCCAAAUGGGUAUUUCCCCUGAAGAUAGUAAUUCGGUGGAUAGUAAUGUAACAUCCUUAACAAAUGGUUCUCUUUCUGCUGGAAGAGCAAUUGCAAAAGAAGUUCAGUCGUCAAACAGUGGUUUGACCAGUGAAGCUUCAAACACAAGCUCUAACCGUUCUGACUUGAGUAUGAACAUUAUAGAUGAGGGGCCAACAAAUGAUUCUUUUGAUUUUGAGCAGUUUUUUCAAGAGGGUUACUGUAAGGUAUCUGCAUUAAGUGAGUGUCAUGAAUCAACAGCAGCUAGUAUUGUGGACAAGAACAAUGGUCCUUCUGAUUUAGAAAAAUCUGAAGAAGACAAUGAUGACAUGCUUGGAGGUGUUUUCGCCUUCUCUGAGGAAGGUUGAUGUCUCCUCCCAUUUCAAAUUCUGCUAAAUUAUGCGUUUCUUCAGUUUCAUUCAAUUCAUUGUGCAAAGUUUGAUGCAAGGUCAGCCUAAUGGAGAGUUAGGUACUAAUUUAAAAAGGUUGCAGGUAAUAUCCUCUCAACAUUGGGAACGUUUACUGACUGAUUAAUUAAAGAUUUGCCAGUCCAAACGAAUGGCUUUUCUCCUCUUCUAAUUCUGAUGUACAUGCUGUAAAUUGAUAUUCAUAAUACAAAUUAUUUGUGUGGAAAGGUCCAUUUCUUGAGUGUAUUCAUUCUUCAAAAGGGGAAAAAAAAAAAAAAAAAGAAAAUAGAAAUAAAAAAAAAAAUUUGAAAGACCUUAUCAUACACAUUCUGUUUGUUUUUUCUGUCCAGGUACCUGUUCUUGAAAGUGAUCACAUUCUCUUGUUGGCUCGAAA